AAACCAACGAGCCGAUCCUCUUCAUCCUCCCACACCCCGGCGCCGUCCCUCCGUCGAGGUAUGACACAGGAGGGCGCCGCCGCCACCAGCCUAGUGCUAACCCAGGACGCCCGGAGCCGCAAAGACCACCACCACCACCGCCCGCCGCCGCCCGAGGAGGACGACGACACGGGCGCCAUGCCCCCGCCGUCCUGCACGACGAUCCUGCUGCGCCGGGAGGGCGAGGCGGCGGCGGCGACGGAAGGCGAGGAGCCGCCGCAGCUGGUCCCGCCGCUCAACUUCGCCAUGGUCGACCACGGCGUCUACCGCUCCGGGUUCCCCGACGCCUCCAACCUGCCGUUCCUCGAGUCCCUCCGCCUCCGCUCCGUCCUGUACCUCUGCCCGGAGCCGUACCCGGAGGCCAACCAGGAGUUCCUCCGUGCCCGCGGGAUCUGGCUGUUCCAGUUCGGAAUCGACGGAUCCAAGGAGCCUUUUGUGAACAUUCCUGAAGACAGAAUCCGUGAGGCUUUAAAGGUUGUUCUAGACACAAGAAACCACCCGGUGCUUAUUCACUGCAAGCGGGGAAAGCAUCGAACUGGCUGCGUGGUUGGAUGCUUGAGGAAAUUGCAGCGCUGGUGUCUAACUUCGGUAUUCGACGAAUACCAGCGUUUUGCCGGAGCGAAGGCAAGGGUGUCUGAUCUAAGGUUUAUGGAGCUCUUUGACAUCUCAAGCUUAAAGCAUUUACCAGCAUCUUUCUCGUGUUGAGAAAGAUCGAAGCACAGAGUAAGCGGCCUGUGGAGUGUGGACAUGUCAAGAACUCAAGAUUGACAUUUCUUUCUAGAACUUUCUGAGUCCUGUGUAUCUUGUAGCAUGGCUAGCACGCUAAGAAAUGGAGUAACUGUUAGUACUAUUGUACUACUUUUGUGUCUGCUACAACUGUCAUAUUACCAAGUUGACUGAGGAGCUUUAACAUUAUCAGACACUUUUUUGGAACUUAGG